GGCGAAAAUCACUGUGAGAGCCGAACGCAGUGAAAUGAAGCCGCAACACAUCAAAGCUCGUCAUACAAGUCUCUUCUUGUGGCAGCAUCUACAGCUUCAUGAAUAGGCCUUCACGCCCCCGUCUCCCCGUUUCUUUCACUUUCUGUCACUCUUGCAUGCUCUCAUCUCUCUCCCUCACACACACACACAAAAACACUUCCUUGUCCUUAGUUUUGACGUUCACUUGCCUUCCCACUAAUCAUUAACGUUCUGCACAAAGGGCGAAGUCCGAAGGAGAAAAUACACAGAACAGCCCUGUUGUGGAGGAGAGAGGAGGAGAGUACGAGUACCAGAGAAGAGCUGCAGAGAGGCAUCGAUUCCCCCGAGUGAAAUGCCAACGAGCUGACAAUGGAGUUCACAGCACUACACGUACUCUGGCUUUUACCUAUAUUCACUUUGACAACUCAAGAGCUGGUGGGACUAAGUGUGAGUCCCCAGAUUACUACAGACUGUGGCAAACAGGUUACUCUACAGUGCAAAGUGUCCCCGUCUCCUACUGGACUGUCAAUCAAACAUAUGGAGUGGUCCCACAGCAAGACAUCCUUUUGUUCCGUGAACAGCGAAGGAAACAUUUCAUACAACAGUAACACAGUAAGGGACUUCCACUGCGAGUUUGAAGAAGAACAGUUGUCCCUCAUCUUUCACAAAGUGCAGCCACAGCAGGAGAGCGGGAACUCGCAGCGCUACAGGUGCAAACUUCACUCCAACAAGGGAGCUCUGCACAAAUACACAACUGUGGAGCUAGAGGAUUGUGCUAGGAUGGUGCAGGGAGAUUUAACAAGCGACGGCCCCUCUUGCACCUUCGACGGCGUCCACCCAGACGGAGACGUGCACUGGUUUCAAGGCUCCCACAAUCUCUCAGCCGGCUCCAUAAAGCAGAACACGACUAAAAGUGUAGAGAAAGGGGGCUGGCUGACCAUCCACAGUGACCUGGAGAGGAAAUGUUCAGACGGGCCCUACAACUGCUCCUUGAUGAGCAGCAAAUCUGGGAGAUACGUGGCCAGUGCUUUAAUACAGAGUACCCAAGUCUGGAGGAUGGAUACCACAAGAUCACAUUCACAAUCACCCAACAAUGGAGUCGGAUCACUGGGACCCAUGCGGAUGCUUCUGUGUAUUUCAGUCUUACUCGCUGUAGCUCUGAAAUAACGGAAGUAAAUCCAUAUCAUGGACGGUGAUAAAAUAUCAGGGUGAGGUGGUGAUUGACAUUUGUUAAAGCAACACUAUGUAACAUUUACCGAGAAACAGCGCCACCUGCAGCCACAUGUGGUGAUAAAUUCGGUUGGGUUCCAUUUCCCAGCAGUUAAGUGCUUUUCAUGUUGACUGGAACUGUGACUGUGUCGUCCCACUCACAACAUAACGGCCGAUAUUCCACAUGGUUCCUGAUCCAGAAGAGCUGCCACUGUAACAAAUACAUCGAACUCUGUUUGCAAUUCUUGAUUUUUAAAAGUUAGCACUGUUACCUCACAGCAAGAAGGUUUCAGGUUCGAAUCCCAGUUUUCUGUGGGUACUCUGGCCUCCUCUCACAGUCCAAAGACACACAGAUCGGAGUUAGUUAGAGACUCUAAAUUGUCUGAUUGGUUGUUUGUCUCUGUAUGUUGGCCCUGUGAUAGGUUGGCGACCUGUUCAGGGCAGACCCCGCCUCUCAACCAAUGUCAUCUGGGAUUGGCUGCAGCUCCCUCAAUAAGAUAAGCGGUAUAGAUAAUGGAUUUAUGGAUAUCUUAAAAGUUUCCUCACUAACUAUAAACAGAGAUAAAUGCUGUGUUUUCAUUAAUUUCAAGUCUUUUAAACGUAUCUACAGUCCUGCAUUACUUCUGAACUUGCUGGUCCUGAUUCGGACUAUUUAGAUUGCGACCAUCAGUCAGUUACUUCUCACAGGAAAUCAAGUAACACAAGUUACACAGAGCAAGAAUUGACAUUCAGGGUGAGGAGCGGGAACAAGGUUUGAACCAUUCUCUCUGUCAGUGAACCAUCAAACUAAUUCUGAAGCUUCUGUUUUUAGGUUAAAAGUUGCAUGGUGUUGCUUUAAAGACAACAAGUAACAAUGAGGUACUCUUUCUUUCAAUACCCUCGGCGAAGCAGUAAAGUGAGUCAUCUCACAGGGCCCAGGGGUGAAUUCUUCUUCUUGUUAGCUCUUGGCUGAAGUGACUGUGGAAACAAGUGUAGAGAGGUGAUAACAAGGGAGCCGAUAAUCAUUACACUGUAUAAAAUACCUUUGUUGUUUUACACACACACACACACACACACACACACACACACACACACACACACACAUUCAAUGAUCUGCAAACAGGAGGAGUUAUUUUUGGCUACCCUUUCAGUUUAGUCCAGCACUAUUAAUCAUCUUGCCACAGGUUUUACACGAGGUAUACUUAUUUCUGAAAGGGUGACAUGAACACGUCAGAUGACAGGCGUGUCCACAGACGUCUGUGUGUGACGAUGAAAAUUAAAUCUGGCAAACAGAAUGCAGACAUCAAAAGUUGGGCUCUGCUGUAAAUUCCCUUAAAAAAACACAACACCAGGAGUGGAGCCUGCGGCUUAAUUUGACGCAACACGGGAAACCUCACCCGGCCCGGACACGGAAAGGAUUGACAGAUUGAUAGCUCUUUUGUGUGUGAAAUAUCAAACAGCUGAACUCUGAGGUUUGUGUGUGGAUGCUGCCCCCUGGUGAACAUAGUUGUGGCUGCUGCUGUACGACUAAAGGGAAUGAAGUGAAGAAAUGACACUAAAAAUAUAACAAUCAGCAGUUUUCAUCGGAACUUUUUUCCCCUGUAGAAAGUAGUUCUGAUAAAACCGGUUCACAGUGUGAUGGAGGUACAUUGAGAGUUUUUUUAUGUGAUGUGAAAUCUGACCAGUGGGCUAGUUACAGCAGAAAUGGGUAAGAAGACAGACACAUAUCAUGUCUCCUGUGUCCUCUGUCUCUCACUGCCUUGCGGUGGUGCAGCUUGAAGCUGUAGAGGACAAACUCAGCACAGAGGCUAAAACUGGGCCUGUUUAACGGCUCAGUGCUCCCUCUUCAGACGGGACGUUUGAGAGCCUUUUCAAGUCAGAGCAACUCUCUGCUAAUGGGGCCACUAAAUGGCUCCUACACAGAGGCAGGUAGAGCUUUUAGCAAGACGUGGCUGCGACCGAGAGCCCGCUGGGUGAAUUAACAAGAGGUCACCUUGACUAUUGCAGUGCACACAGAUGCAUCCAGGCAUGGGCCUGACACACACACACACACACACACACACACACACACACACACACACACACACACACACACACACACACACACACACACACACACACACACACACACACACGGACACAAACACCUCUAUUAUGUAAUAAUUGUUUCUCUUAUGAGAUUUUAAUAUAAUCAAAGCAAUUUUGAUAAAUGGUCACACAAAACAAUGCUUCACACGCUGAGUGAUUGACAGCAUUAUUUUAAAUGGCUGUAUAUAUAUUUUUUUAAAUUACCUCAUCAAUGUAGCCUCAAAAGAAUCUCUUUGCUUUAUAGGCAGCUGUUUGUUUAUCUCCUACGUUGUUGACAUGUUAAGAUAGUUUGAUCUUUUAUUUGAUUAAAGCGUAAUAGUUUUUGUGGCUUUACUGAAUAUUAAUAAUCUUUGUAAGGUUCAACUGUUUUUUAUUUGAGAUUUUAUUUUAUCUGAAACUGAUGUUUACAAAAAAAAAAUCCUAUGACAUAAUAACUGCUGGAAGUUUUAAGACUUUAAAGAGGAAUAAAUAACAUGUGUCAAUAAAAAGAUUUUUAGGUAUAUUGUGGUUUUCUCUCUUAAAUCAUGUUAUUAUGUGCUGAGGCUUCCACUGUGUAUUGGACCACGCUUUAUGUCAUUUUAGAUAACAGCUUCUGACAAAUGAAUAAAUGUAAAUAACAGUGUAUUUAGUGAGUACUAAAACUUCCACGUUUAAAAUUUCAAAAUAAAAG